AUGCGCACGGGUGUCAAACCAGUGCACGGCGUUGCAAUGGAGGAAGACAAUCAGAAAAAUCUGCUUAAACAAGUGUUUGGAGGAUCAUCAUCUUCAGAUUCUGACACUGACGAACACGCUCUUCUUCUCUCACAAUCAAUAACAAACCCUAGUUUUAUUUGGGAACGCAUUGCUCCAAUCAAGGGUUUAUGGUUUUGCAGAGAUUUUCUUUCUUCUCAACAACAAUCUUCUCUUCUUUCUUCCAUUCAUACUGAAGGGUGGCUCACUGAAGCUGGUCACAACCAGGCAAUGAGAUUUGGGGACCUUCCUUUUUGGGCACUUGAUCUUUCUGAUCUAAUACAUGAAGCGGUCUGUUUUGGUGAUAUGGAAGCAAAUAGUGAAAAUCUGAAUCUUGAUAGUGAAGCCUAUGUAUUGCCUUCUCAGUUGCUGUCUAGAGAUCCAUUUUUUGAUCAACUUAUUGUAAAUGUAUACCAGCCAGGUGAGGGUAUCUGUGCUCAUGUUGAUCUGAUGCGAUUUGAAGACGGGAUAGCUAUAGUCUCUUUGGAGUCUUCCUGUGUCAUGCACUUUUCACCAGAAGAAGGGAAUGGAGAAGUUCCAUUAGCUACGAAAAUCCCUGUAUACCUAACCCCGGGGUCUUUAGUUAUCAUGUGGGGGGAUGCUCGCUAUCAUUGGAAGCAUGAGAUAAAUCGCAAACCGGAAUUUCAGGUUUGGCAAGGACAAGAAAUAGAUCAGAAAAGGAGGACUUCCAUAACUCUAAGGAAGCUCUGUUUUUCUGAAUAAUUCAGAUAUGGUAAUGAACAUAUAACUCACUGAUUAAUGUGAAACUUUGAUUCAGAGGGUUGAUAAUGAGCGUAUAAAUCACAGAUAUGUGAAACUUCAAUUCAGACUAAAUUUUGACCUUAUAUUGA